UAAACUAAUUUGAAGAUGGUUUUGAGUCAUGGGCCGGGCAUGAGUUUAGACACUAGAUUGCCCUUCUCUUGGUCAUUACCAAAAGAUAUGAGUGCCCUUACUAUAGGUGGCUCCUCUUCUAUUCUUCGCUUUAAACUAGAAUCAAAAGCCGCAUCACAAAAAAAGCACUUAUUUAGACUUCAAAAAACCAAGGCUAAGAAGAAAACCUUUGUUCCUAGCGUCACUAGUAAACACACGCCUUCGCUUCUCCGCUUUUCGAGCAAAGAAACUAUGGGAUUGAAGGAUGCUUUCGUCGCCGCCGCUGCCGCCGCCGCCAUUGCCUCUGCACCUGUCACUCUAUCAUCAUCAGACUACAUCGUUCACAAGUCUCCGAACGACAGUCGUUUAUACCGACUCAUUCAUCUGAGAAAUGGGCUUCAAGCUUUGAUUGUUCACGAUCCUGAGAUUUACGCGGAAGGUCCUCGCAAACCUGUUUCAGUGGAUGAAGAAGAUGAAGAGGAGGAAGAAGAAGAUGAUGACGAUGAUGAUGACGAUGAUGAUGACGAUGAUGAUGACGAUGAUGAUGACGAUGAUGAUGAUGAAGAAGAUGAUGAGGAGGACGAAGAAGAGGAUGAAGUUCAAUUAGACGAAGAAGGAAAAGAAAGGGGCAAGGGUGCUUCAAAUCAGAGCAAAAAGGCCGCGGCAGCUAUGUGUGUAGGAAUUGGCAGCUUCUCUGACCCAAAUGAAGCACAAGGGCUAGCUCAUUUUUUAGAACACAUGCUGUUCAUGGGGAGUGAUGAAUUUCCAGAUGAAAAUGAGUAUGAUAGCUAUUUGUCAAAGCAUGGUGGCUCUUCAAAUGCCUACACAGAAACUGAAUAUACAUGCUACCAUUUUGAAGUGAAGCGUGAGUUUCUAAAGGGUGCUUUGAAAAGAUUUUCUCAGUUUUUUAUAUCUCCUCUUGUGAAAGCGGACGCCAUGGAGCGAGAAGUACAAGCAGUAGAUUCAGAAUUUAACCAGGUUUUACAAAGUGAUGCUUGCCGUCUUCAACAACUUCAGUGCCAUACUUCUACACCUAAUCACCCUUUGAAUAAAUUCUUUUGGGGGAAUAAAAAGAGCCUGGUUGAUGCAAUGGAAAAGGGUAUUGAUCUGCGGGCCCAAAUAUUGAAAUUAUACAAGAAUUAUUACCAUGGUGGAUUGAUGAAGCUUGUUGUUAUUGGUGGAGAGUCUCUGGAUGUGCUUGAGAGUUGGGUUGUGGAGCUAUUUGGUGCUGUUAAAAGGGGUCCCCAAGCAAACCUAAAGUUCAUAGUGGAAGGUCCAAUAUGGAAACCUGGUAAAAUUUAUCGGCUAGAAGCUGUCAAAGAUGUUCAUAUUCUCGACUUAUCGUGGACACUGCCUUGUCUAAACAAAGAGUAUCUAAAGAAACCAGAGGAUUAUUUGGCUCAUCUCCUUGGGCAUGAGGGCAGAGGAAGCUUGCUUUCCUUUCUCAAGGCUAAAGGAUGGGCUACAUCUCUAUCUGCUGGUGUUGGCGAUGAUGGAGUUUUUCGUUCAUCAAUAGCUUAUGUCUUUGUCAUGUCCAUACACCUCACUGAUUCUGGUAUAGAAAAGAUCUUUGAUAUUAUCGGCUCUGUCUAUCAAUACCUUAAUUUGUUGCAUCAAAAUUCUCCACAAGAAUGGAUAUUUAAGGAACUUCAAAAUAUCGGAAACAUGGAAUUCAGAUUUGCUGAAGAGCAGCCUCAAGAUGAUUAUGCUGCAGAGCUAGCAGAAAAUUUGAAAUUCUAUCCAAUAGAGGAUGUCAUUUAUGGUGACUAUGUGUACAAGACAUGGGAUGAGCAGUUGAUAAAACAAGUUCUCGGUUUCUUCGUUCCUGAAAACAUGAGGGUGGAUGUUGUCUCAAAGUUGAUUCCUACGUCUGAAGAUUUCAAACAUGAACCUUGGUUUGGUUCACGUUAUGUUGAAGAAGAUAUCCCUCAAGAUUUGAUUGAUUUAUGGAGAAGUCCUCUAGAAAUUGAUGCCUCUCUACAUCUUCCAUCCAAGAAUGAGUUUAUUCCAAGUGACUUUUCUAUACGGGCUAGUGACACGCGUGAUGAUGAUUUUGAAAAUUUGACUGUUCCUAGAUGUAUAGUUGAUGAAGCAUUGAUAAAAUUUUGGUAUAAGCUGGAUAGUACUUUCAGAGUUCCUCGAGCAGAUACAUAUUUCCGAAUCAACUUGAAAGGUGGAUAUGACAAUGCAAAGAAUUGUGUAUUGUCUGAAUUGUUCAUUCACCUUCUUAAAGACGCGUUGAAUGAAAUUAUAUAUCAGGCUAGUGUUGCCAAGUUAGAAACUUCCGUCUCUUAUGUCGGUGAUAUGCUUGAGCUGAAGGUCUAUGGUUUUAAUGAGAAGCUUCCUGUUCUUUUAUCAAAGAUUUUGUCAGCUGCUAGAUCUUUUAGACCAACUGAUGAUCGGUAUCAGGUAAUAAAAGAAGACAUGGAGAGAACUUUAAAGAAUUCCAACAUGAAACCUCUAAGCCAUUCAUCAUAUUUGAGAUUGCAAGUUUUGUGUGAGAGCUUUUACGAUGUUGACGAAAAGCUGCAUUAUCUAAAUGAUCUGUCAAUUGAUGAUCUGAAGGCAUUUAUACCCGAGCUUCGAUCACAGUUAUAUAUUGAGGGUCUAUGCCAUGGAAAUUUGUCAGAAGAAGAAGCGAUAAGCAUAUCCAAUAUAUUUAAGACGAAUUUUCCAGUAGAACCACUCCCUAUCAAGUCGAGGCAUGCUGAACGUGUAAUUUGCCUCCCUUCUAGUGCCAAUUUAGUUAGAGAUAUAAAUGUGAAGAACAAGUUGGAAAAAAACUCUGUGAUCGAGCUUUAUUUUCAAAUUGAAGAAGAUCUUGGAUUGGGAUCAACGAAGUUGAAAGCUUUGAUCGAUCUUUUUGAAGAAAUUGUUGAGGAGCCACUUUUUAAUCAAUUGAGGACAAAGGAGCAGCUUGGUUAUGUUGUUGAAUGUAGCCCGAGAGUAACAUACCGUGUUUUUGGGUUUUGUUUCUGUAUUCAGUCGUCUGAGUACAACCCAAUUUAUUUGCAAGGCAGAGUUGAAAGCUUCAUAAAUGACCUGGAAGAAUUGUUGGAUGACCUUGAUGACGAAUCCUUUGAGAAUUAUAAAAGUGGCUUAAUGGCAAAGCUGUUGGAGAAAGAUCCAUCCCUCACAUAUGAAAGCAAUAGACUGUGGAAUCAGAUUGUUGAUAAAAGGUACAUUUUCGAUAUAUCAAAGAAGGAAGCUGAAGAACUAAAGAACAUAACCAAACUUGAUGUUAUUGAGUGGUACAAGACAUAUUUGAAACAAUCAUCUCCCAAAUGUCGGAGACUACUUGUUCGGGUAUGGGGUUGCAACACAGAUAUGAAGGAAGCUGAAGCACCACCCGAAUCUGUGCACGUAAUAACAGAUCCAGCAGCUUUUAAGAAGCAAUCCGAAUUUUAUUCAAGUUUUUGUUAAAUUUAAACGUUGAACAACAUAUUUUUUUGCAUGAAAGAAAUGUUUGAGGGGGAGAACUAUACAGAAUGUGCUUCGUAGAGUUAUUGGUUGCUGUAAAUUACAUUGAUUUUUGGGAAUUAGUCAUUCAUUUUAUCAAUAAGUUAUUGUAGUCCA